AUGACGGACGCCGGAGCUUCGACCGCGGCGUUUGCGUUUGCCGCACUGAUGGGCUGCGGAUCGCCCAAUCAACCUACGUUUUCCAUGGAAUCAUUGCUCAAGCCAGAAAUUUCUGAUUUCUCUCCCAAAGCUACUGGAAAUACUGAAGAGUCAACCAUAUGUUCGGUCUGUUGUGACGAGGCCAGUGGUCGACAUUAUGGUGUUGUUGCCUGCUUCGGAUGUAAAGGAUUCUUCCGACGAACUGUUCGUGCUGGAAAGAACUACAUUUGCCGCUAUGAUCAGAAGUGUCGAAUCGAUAAAGCUGGACGAAACGUUUGUCGUUCGUGCCGAUUUCAAAAAUGUCUCGACGUGGGAAUGGAGCCAGAUGGUAAGCGUCAAGUGUUCUCGUGUUUUUUGGAACAAUCCAUGAGUCCUGCUGAAAGUGCAUCUUGUUCUCUGACCAAAAUGUCCCCCUCAAGUUUGCUAACCCUUUCUGGAAACGUUACCCGUUGUCAGUACUGCCACGCAAUUGACAAAAAUGUAGUCUGA